CGGAGUGUCGGUGAAGUCAGCAGCGAGUCCCAGAAAAACAGAGCGGGGCCAACUGCAGCGUGUAGUGCGAGUGGGGCCGGACGCGCGCAGCCCGCCCGCCCGGCGACCCGCAAGGACUGGGCAAUUAUCGGAAAAGCUGGGGAAGUCAUCCCUCUGUCCAGAGCUCCAGGACCAAUGCUGCUUUCCACCACCCUGAACUACUGAGCUGUGCCGAGGCCCGAUUGCAGAAGACUUUCCUGUCACCACCAUGAGCUCUGAUUGAGAUCUAAGUGAGAGGCAAUAAACAGCAAAUAUUCUGAGCAUACAGUUUGAUCAAUUUGACAGUGUGAUGUUGGCGCUUCAAAAGCUGUGGUGAAUGGGCUGCCACCAGGCACCAAUGGGCAAGACAAAGACAUGGAUCCUACAAAAAUCUGCACUGGGAAGGGAGCAGUGACUCUCCGGGCCUCAUCCUCCCCCAGGGAAACCCCGAGUGGCAGCCCGGGCAGCCCUGUGAGCCCGCAGGACACCCCGCAGCUUGAAGGCAAACCAGAAGUUCUGGAGUCUGAGGAUUCCUCGGCAGAUGAAUGGAGGUUUUCUCCCAAUGCUGAUGCCAAUGGAAAUGCCCAGCCGUCUUCACUUGCUGCCAAGGGCUACAGGAGUGUGCAUCCCAACCUGUCUUCAGACAAGUCCCAGGACGUCUCUUCCUCCAGGCCAGCCCAGCCCGAGGUCAUAGUUGUCCCUCUCUACCUGGUCAGUACUGACCGAGGGCAAGAAGGCACUGCUGCCAGACCUCCAGCAUCUCUGGGGCCACUGAGCCCCCCCACCCCGGCGACCACCCCUGCCGGCUCACCUCUGACCUUCCCGACUCUAGAUGAUUUCAUUCCCCCUCAUCUGCAGAGGCGACCCCAGCACCACCCGCGGGCCGGCACCCCUGGCCCUGUUUCCCCUGUUAGUCCGCCUCCGCCAUCCUUCUCUCCACCGCCUCCGUUGGUCCCUGCGGCCCCCGAGCGCUUCCACAGAGCCUGGGAGCCUGACCUCACGGGAACCAUCUCCAGUACCGAUUCAAGUCCUCUGCUAAAUGAAGUUUCCUCAUCCCACGUUGGAAGUGAUUCCCAGGCUUUUGCACCAGUUAGCAAGCCAUCAUCUGCCUACCCCUCCACGACAAUUGUCAACCCCACUAUUGUGCUCUUGCAGCACAAUCGAGAACAGCAGAAACGACUCAGUAACCUUUCAGAUCCUGUCCCCGAAAGACGAGUGGGAACUCAGAACUCUGCAGCGGCCCAGGAGAAGCCUACCUCCCCUGGCAGGGCUUCUGAGAAGAAAGCCAAGGAUGACGGUCGGCGGGUGGCCAAGAGUGCUCAGGACCUGAGCGAUGUCUCCGUGGACGAAGUGGGCAUCCCUCUCCGGAACACCGAGCGAUCCAAAGACUGGUACAAGACCAUGUUCAAACAGAUCCACAAACUGAACCGAGACACUCCUGAAGAAAACCCUUAUUUCCCUACGUACAAAUUCCCCGAACUUCCUGAAAUCCAGCCAAGUUCUGAAGAGGACAAUCCUUACACUCCUACCUACCAGUUUCCUGCAUCUACUCCUAGUCCUAAAUCUGAAGAUGAUGAUUCAGACCUGUACUCCCCUCGGUACUCCUUUUCUGAAGACACAAAAGUGCCUCUGUCUGUGCCUCGCUCAAAAAGUGAGAUGAACUACAUUGAUGGGGAGAAGGUAGUUAAGAGGUCGGCCACACUUCCCCUCCCAGCUCGCUCUUCCUCACUAAAAUCUAGUCCAGAAAGAAACGACUGGGAGCCCCCAGAUAAGAAAGUGGAUACAAGAAAAUACCGUGCAGAGCCCAAAAGCAUUUACGAAUAUCAGCCGGGCAAGUCCUCCGUUCUGACCAACGAAAAGAUGAGUCGGGAUAUAAGCCCAGAAGAGAUAGAUUUAAAGAAUGAACCUUGGUAUAAAUUCUUUUCGGAAUUGGAGUUUGGGAAACCGCCUCCCAAAAAGAUAUGGGAUUAUACUCCUGGAGACUGCUCUAUCCUUCCUAGAGAGGAUAGAAAGACUAAUCUAGAAAAAGAUCUCCACCUCUACCAAACAGAGUUAGGGGCAGAUUUAGAAAAAGUGGAGACGCUUAGUAAAGCCCCCACUACAAACCUGUCACAGAGUUCAGCGGUCAGCCCCUCUCUGGACGUUUCCUCGGAGCCCCCUGGAUAUGUUUAUUCUUCCAACUUCCAUGCCGUGAAGAAGGAAUCCGAGGGGGCUCCUGGUGGGGAUCUGGCUAGCUUGGAGAACGAGAGACAGAUUUAUAAAAGCGUCUUGGAAGGUGGCGACAUCCCUCUCCAGGGCCUGAGUGGGCUCAAGCGGCCCUCCAGCUCGGCCUCCACGAAAGUGGAUCGUAAAGGUGGGAAUGCUCACAUGAUUUCUUCAUCUUCAGUUCCUAGCCGAACGGCUAACACUAGCCAUGCGUUAGGCCCUGUGUGUAAGCACAAGAAACCCCUGUCCGCCGCAAAAGCCUGCAUUUCGGAAAUCCUCCCCUCCAAAUUCAAACCCAGGCUCUCUGCUCCCAGCGCUCUUUUGCAGGACCAGAAGAGCAUCCUGCUGCCCUCAGAGAAAACUCAGAGCUGUGAGAACCUGUGCGUUUCCACUUCUCUGAACGAUGCCAGGAGAGGUUUCCCCCUGCAGCUGGGGGGGAGCAUCGAGAACCUGCUGAUGCGGUCCCGGCGGGAUUACGACGGCCGGUCCAGCAGCACCCUGAGCCUGCAGGAGUACGGCACCAGCGCCAGGAGGCCCUGCCCUCUCUCCAGAAAGCCCGGCAUGCAGUUCUCCAUGCUCUACCGGGACAUGCACCACAUCAACCGGGCUGGUCUCUUCCCGGGCUCGGUCUCCUCCUCGAGUGUUCGGGACCUCGCCUCCCACUUUGAAAGGAGUGGCCUGGCGUUGGCCAGGGGGGAGCUGGGUGCCAGCCAGGAGGGCUCCGAGUACAUCCCCAAGCACACCGUCUCCUCCCGUAUCACGGCCUUCGAGCAGCUAAUCCAGCGCUCCCGGUCCAUGCCGUCCCUGGACCUGUCGGGCCGGCUCAGCAAGUCCCCCACGCCUGUGCUGUCCCGCCUGGGCCUGACGGCGGCCCGCUCCGCCGAGUCCCUCCUGGAAUCCACCAAGCUCCGGCCCAGGGAGAUCGAGGGCAUAAACCCCCGGGGGAUCUACUCCUCCCCGACCUGCAGCAACGUGGCGGAGCCCACCUUGGGCCUCCGGGGCCCCCUGCCUUCCGAGCCCCUGUCCACGUGCUUCGACGAUCUGGACCGCUGCUCCAACGUCUCCAGUGACAGCCGAGAGGGCAGCGGGGGCAGCGUGCACGGAGACUUCCCCAAGCACCGCCUCCCCAAGUGCAAGGGGACCUGCCCCGCCUCCUACACGCGCUUCACCACCAUCCGCAAACACGAGCAGCAGCAGACACCCCGGCAGCCUGACUGGCGCCCGGACCCCAGAGGCGACAAGAACGCCCUCCUCAGGAACAUCUACCUGAUGAGCCCCCUCCCUUUCCGGUUGAAAAAGCCCCUCCAGCACGCCCCCAGACAGACUUCCCCCAGUGACCUUUCAGGCCCCCUGGCGGGCCAGAAGCCAGACCUACCCAGUCCGCCCCCUCUGGAUGAACCCCACACCGCUGGGGGGAAGCCCUCCGUCCCCAAACGCGUGUCUUCCCGGCAGGCCAUGGCCAGACUGAGCCGGACCACAGAGCCCCCCCAGGAGAGACACGAGGCCCCCCAGGACUGCCCAGGGGCCUUUAACAAUGGGAACCCUGGGCCACACUCAGAGCACAGCCUGGACAGGAACAACAACCCACAAAGUGAACUGGGAACGUCCCUUGGAGAUUCAGAAUCACCAAGACAUUUUAUACCAGCUGAUUAUUUGGAAUCCGCAGAAGAUUAUAUUCGGAGGCGACAUGAUGAUAAAGAGAAACUUUUAGCGGACCAGAGACGACUUAAGCGUGAGCAAGAAGAGGCCGAUAUUGCAGCUCGACGCCACACAGGCGUCAUUCCGACGCACCAUCAGUUUAUCACUAAUGAGCGCUUUGGGGACCUCCUCAAUAUAGACGAUACGGCAAAAAGGAAAUCUGGGUCAGAGAUGAGACCAGCAAGAGCCAAAUAUGACUUUAAAGCUCAGACACUAAAGGAGCUACCUCUGCAGAAGGGAGAUAUCGUUUACAUAUAUAGGCAGAUUGAUCAGAACUGGUACGAAGGAGAGCACCACGGCCGCGUGGGUAUCUUUCCCCGCACCUACAUCGAGCUGCUUCCUCCUGCUGAGAAGGCUCAGCCCAAAAAGUUGCCGCCAGUGCAGAUUUUGGAAUAUGGAGAAGCUAUUGCUAAGUUUAACUUUAAUGGUGAUACACAAGUAGAAAUGUCAUUCAGAAAGGGUGAGAGGAUCACACUGCUUCGACAGGUGGAUGAGAACUGGUACGAGGGGAGGAUUCCAGGGACGUCCCGCCAAGGCAUCUUCCCCAUUACGUAUGUGGAUGUGCUCAAACGGCCACUGGUCAAGCACCCCGUGGAUUACAUCGACCUGCCUUUCUCGUCCCCAAGUCGGAGCACUGCCGCAAGCCCCCAGUUUCCCAGUCACGGCAAGGAGCUCAUGCCAGCCCCCCGAUCUAUACCCUCCCCUCACCGAGCCCUGUCCCCUGAGAUGCAUGCUGUCACCUCUGAGUGGAUCUCACUGACUGUCGGGGUCCCAGGCCAGCGUUCUCUGGCACUGACGCCUCCCUUGCCUCCUCUGCCAGAGGCUUCCAUCUAUAACACGGACCCCUUGACUUUUUUGUCAAGACCCAGUCCCUCGCUGUCCGUCAGCCUCCCCCAUCUGAAUUGGUCAGACCGUCCCGCCCCAUACUCUGCUGUUUCCCCACUGGCUCUGCCUGCCCCUGACAGAACCUACUCUCCAGAGCCCAGUGCUCAGACUGCCCGUCAGCUCAACGGAGCCAGUGGCGUCCACAUGUCACCUCCUGGUGUCCACCAGUAUAGCUUCUCCCAGCCACCAGUGCCCCCCAGGAGCUCUGAUAGGGUCAUCUCAGAGCUUAGCAAUGCCUUUAGCAGCCAGGGAAGGCAGCAGCCGUGGCAGGAAGAGAGCGGACAGUCUGAGCGGAAAGCAGAGAGAGAGGCAGGUGAGAGAGGCCUCGGCGGACCCAAGAUCUCUAAGAAGAGCUGCUUGAAGCCAUCAGACGUGGUCAGGAGCCUGAGCACUGAACAGAGACUCUCAGAUCUCCACAGUCCCGAGGAGAGCCGGCCCAGCAAGCCCCUGGGUGGCCCUUUUCUGGGAAGGGAGACUGAGCAGCCAGACCUUCCUAGAGGUGGCGAGCAGGCUGAGAGGAAGGCCGCUCAGACUGCUGUGAGCCAGCCUUCUCAUCAUUCAUUGAGAGCAGGACCUGAUCUCACAGAAUCUGAAAAGAGCUAUGUGGAAGCAGUUUGCAAUGAGAUCAUAAACAUUGCCGAAAAAUCUGUUCAUUACUGCAGCACUGUUUCUCACCCCCUUGACUUUCAUCACAAGGUAUCCCCUUCUGACAAUAAACCAUCUUUAAUCAUUUCUCAGCAACCUCAAGCCCAGCAGCGAAGAGUCACCCCAGACAGGAAUCAAACCUCCCAAGACUUUGCUCAGGGCUUAUUCCUGGCUUUGUGCUCAGGUAUCACUCCUGGCAGUACUCAAAGGAUCUUAUGUGGUGACAGGGAUCAAACACAGGUUGGCCAAAUAAGAUUUAGCUACCAAGCAUUAUAUAGCUAUAUACCACAGAACGAUGAUGAAUUGGAACUCCGAGAUGGAGAUAUUGUUGAUGUCAUGGAAAAAUGUGAUGAUGGAUGGUUUGUUGGUACUUCAAGAAGGACAAGGCAAUUUGGUACUUUUCCAGGCAACUAUGUAAAGCCUUUGUAUCUAUAAGAAGACUGAAAACCACAGAGAUUAUUUUUAUUGGAGGAUGAAACCCAAUUCAUGAACUGGUCUCUUUUAUUUAAAUAUUGAGUCAGUAAGAAAGCUAAUGCAACGGAUAAAGCAACGGGAAAGCAAAAGAGAGGAACAGAGAAGUGUUGGGCCUGUCGAAGCUGACGGUGUAUCGGACAGGGUUGACGUGUGCGUUGAACAAAAAGGAAUGAGGCAAAUCUGUAUUUCCUUAGCUGCUUCUGGCGGUCUCUCCAGCCUUCCCCAUCCCUCCCUCUUCUUGGUUAAUCUGACCUGCCAACCGGUCCAGGAGCCAGAAAGGCCUCUUGCUGUCCAGAUUUGGCCAGCUCCUGCUCAAAGAGGUCUUUCAGCCUGAAGCAGCUCUUGCAAUGCCAGCCAGCUCCCCACCUGUUCUCCUGCGGCUUCACACGCAGGCUCCCGAAGCUGCUUAGAGGCUGCUGAUCCCACAACACUGCAGAAGCUCUGCCAGGCCUUCUGAAGCCACCCACUGAAUUACCCAACACCGAGUCCCACACUGGACCUGCUGAGGAACCUAGGGCAAUGGAGGUGAAGACUCUGUGCCCUGUGCACUCAGCCCAGGGUAUAGGCAGACACAUAGGUUUGCCCACAACUGUGAGGUGGCCAGGCAGAGAGAUUUCCAAGUGCUUAGGUCAAGAAUCUCCAUAGUUCUUGCUUAUUUGAAGUGCUGGGGAUUUGGGGCUGGAGCGAUAGCACAGCGGGUGGGGCAUUUGCCUUGCACGCAGCCGACCCAGGCUCGAUUCCCAGCAUCCCAUAUGGUCCCCUGAGCACUGCCAGGGGUGAUUCCUGAGUGCAGAGCUGGGAGUAAACCCUGAGCAUUGCCGGGUGUGACCCAAAAAGAAAAAAAAAAAUAAAGUGCUGCGGAUGGAACUUGGGGACUCACCCAAGCAGGGCAAGUGCUCUACCACUGAGCCACAGUCACAGACCAAGAAGCCCUGUAGUUCUGAAGGUCACUUACACUGGGCAAGUUUCCCGUGUCACUGGCUUUUUCAUAUGGUCACCCUUAGGCGGCACCAUUUUGUAUAUCAGGACACCAUGGCUAACCUGUCUUUUUUGUUGGUUUCUGGCCGGGACAGUUUGAGGUUGAUAGGCCUUUUCUCACAGAGAACUAAGGAUGAGCAGUGAUGCAUUUCCCAGACGCAGACAAACACCAGAUCCCAGGAACUCCAAUGAGCAAGACGGUCUCCUUGCCUUGGAAGAGACUCACUGGGUCUCUGCUUUACUCCCCAAAGAAGCUCAAGGACCUUGAGGAAUGGAGUAACUCAGCCUGGGGUAGAUUUAGAGAGAAGCUAUAGGUGCUGGGGCCCCCCCUCCCCUUAGUGGAAGGUGGCAGUUCUGCCACUUCAGGAAGUUAGCCUUUGGUGGAGCACCCAUUCCCAAGGAGGGGGAUCUUUUCAUAUGUGGGCUGUGAACCCACAGCUCCACUCAGCUCAAGGAUGUUUGUUGGCUUCUCUGUUCUGACAGAGAUCAAGAUAGAAAUGAGCUGUUCCUGUCCGCUGGGAACUUAAAGGUGAUGAGAGAGAUAGACUCCAAAAUCCCACAUCAAGAGAGACUGUGAUACGUGCUAAGAAGGGUGUGAGAGAGGAAGAGGUACAUUUUCCCUGGAGGAAUCCUAGAAAGUACUGCCCUAUUUCUGUCUCUGUUAGCUCACUUUUCAACACCUAAGGAAGAACCUUAGCCUGAGGGGUUCUGUGUAGCUGGAAAUACUUGGAAUUGUUGCCAGAGUCUUCAGACUCACCCUCCCCACAAAUAGGAGUAGCAAUUCUAGAUGGUAGGGUGUGGACAGGAAACCUUGGCUGUAUGCCUAGAAUGCAGAAUUGCCCCCAGAACCAUCGUCCCCAAGUGGGGCGUCUUCACAAAUGAGCAAAGUUUGGUCUUCGGUGUCUCUGCCUCAGUCUGCCUCAGUGUUUGUGUCUGCUUCCCCUGGUAGGAUCCCUCCAGCAACCUCCUCUGCCGCAGAUACCCCCCCCCCCACCCCUCCACCCCCCACCCCCCGUGCUCUCUGCCUGUUCUCUCACAUCUCGCUCUCGGGAAGAAGCGUACAGGAUCGACACAAGGAAUGUUACCUAUUCCCAGAGACAUUCCUGUUUCAAUGAGAUCAGAACCCGAAUCCCCAGGAGAGAGGCUGUGGCUGUGGUUGGGAGAGAAGUACAAAGGGCCGCCUUGAUGUUCCUUAGAUCAGACUCAUUGCUCUGGAGGGACCAUUGCCGCCUCCCAGGGCAUUGCUUUUGCACCAUCUUCCUCUCCCCGGGGAAAUCGAGCAGCAAGGCAGCGUGGAUGGCCAUGCACUGUGCACAGCAGCAUUUCACCCCUUCCCAAAUGUCAUCCUUGAAUUGGCUAAUGUGAUUCCCUGUUUUAGCCGCAAACCACUAACAACAUGAUCUUCCCUAUUUUUUUUUUUUUUUGAGGGGGAGCUUCUUGGUCAGGUCAUUUUAAACCCCUCCUAGAAUACAGCUAGAAAAUAAAACCAAUUUGUAAAGCCACAUUUGCAAAUGACCCCAGCCUCACGCAUUUGUAUAGCUCCAGAAACCCAGGUAUGCCUCACCAAUUUGACUGUCUUUAAUAAAAUUAUGUUUAAAAAUCGCAUCAAACUUUAGCUUCCUCUAUAUGACAAAACAUCAAAGGUUUCCAAUUGCUCUUUUGUCUUCAGACAUUUAGUAUUAUAAAAUACCUAUUUUUAUGCUGAAAUGUUUGUACAGGUUUAUUAAUAGCAAGUGCAACUAACUGGCAGCAUGCCUUGCAGCACAUUUUGAUAUAUUAGCCAUGCUUCUGGGUAAAGGCAAGCCUCAAACGACUUAGCUUUUGCAGUCUCUCUGGGGUCAGUAAAAGAAAAAUAUCAUUUGCUUCAGAAGUGGGACUGUAAAUAUGUAUAUUUAACUUUGUAUAGCCCAUGUAACUACUUUGUAUAGAAAAAGAUAAUUUUAAAAAUUUGAACUGAAGGGGGUAAAAUAAGGAAGUCAUGAAGUUUUUUGCAUUUUUAUUUAAAUGAAGGAAUUCCAAAUAAGUCACCUGCAGAUCUGUGGCACAAAAAUAAUCAUCGCAAAGUGUGAAAAUACUCAUUCUUUCUUAUAGAAGAGGUAACUCUUAUCUCAGUUAUAGUUUAUUUUCUCUCUCUCUCUUGUUUUUUUAAGUUUAGUCCUAUUUAUCUGCAGUGGUUUAAAGGACUAUUGCUAAAAGAAGAUUACAAAAAUUAUAUCCUGACAGAAAACCAUCAUUAUAUAUAACCAAUUAAUUUAAAGUAUUUUGCCAUUUAAUGCUACACCAAGAGCAUGUACUCUGCAGACACAGAUUUUUUUCCAUUCAUUUAUUUUUCUUUAUUGCAGUGAAUUGAUUUGCUAGACAUGUUAAUUUACUACAUUUGCUGUACAUAUUAUUUAAUAAACUUUAUUCAGAACUGCGUGGCA